UUGUUUGGCACCAAAGCCAGCAGCAAGGCCAGCUCUCCGGGCACGCCCGACUCUGGCAAGUGCCCGUCAAUACUGGGUAGCCCCCACGGGACACUGGCCAGGCAGGCCAGCCUGGACUCCCCCUCCUCGGGCACAGGGAGCCUGGGCAGCGCUGGCGGCCUGAGUGGUGGUAGCAGUCCUCUGUACGGCAAAACCCCAGACCUGUGCACCGACUCGCUGGCGUCCAGCCCGGCCUCCGGCCUCUCCCUGCCCUCCAACGCUCGGCCCUGGCCGGCCUGUAGCUCCUCAGCCGGCAGCAAGGACACGCUGAGCUGCCAGAGCAUGACCAGUCUGCACACCAGCUCUGAGUCCAUAGACAUGCCUCUGGGCCACCACGGGCCCAAAGUUACACGAACCGGCAGUGUCAAGUCCACCCUGUCUGAGGGCAUGCCUCUUGACAGAAACACGCUCCCCAAAAAGGGACUGAGAUACCCGCCAUCAUCCCGCCAGACAUCCCACGAAGAGGGCAAGGAGUGGUUGAGAUCACAUUCUACAGGAGGCCUCCAGGACACUGGUAGCCAGUCACCCCUGUCUCCCCCCGGAGCUUCAUGCACCACCACUGGAAAAUACCACUACUCUAACUUAUUGAGCCCGACCACCAUCGGCCAGUACAGCCUGACCCCGGGCAGCAGCAGCAUGAGCCGCUCCAACAGCAUCCCUGCCCAGGACUCCUUUGACCUGUACGGGGAGGGUCACCCACUGGGGGGCAGUGCAACUUCCUUGGAGGAGCGACCUCGGGCCAUCAGCCGCUCCGGUUCCUUCAGAGACAGCACCGACGAAGUCCAUGGCUCUUCAUUGUCUCUGGUAUCCAGCACAUCCUCACUGUACUCCGCGACUGAGGAAAAAGCCCAUUCAGAGGGCCAAACAGUCCAAAAUUCCACGCAAAUCAGAAAGCUGCGUCGGGAGUUGGAUGCAUCUCAAGAGAAGGUGGCUACCCUCACAUCUCAGCUGGCUGCUAAUUCCCACCUGGUCGCAGCCUUUGAGAAGAGCCUGAGUAACAUGACCUGCCGCCUGCAGAGCCUCACCAUGACCGCCGAGCAAAAGGUGCACAAGUUCACCCGGGAAUUUCAAAUACCGUGCACAUGA